UCCAACUCACCACUUCUGCUUUGAUCGUUGUCAUCCUGGACAAGCAGAGACUGAAGCUGCUAGACAGCCAUUUUGUAGAGGUAGUUGCAAUCAGACAAAACCGAAAAAGGUCGUCCGCGGAGAAGAAACGCAUUGCGGCUGCGCAGCCCCUCUUGAAGACUGGCAUUAAUACUCAGCAUUCAUUCAUUCACAGGCUUUGGACAGUCGGCGUUGACAAUCCAAACAAUCACAUUCACAUUACCUCCGAUACACUCACAACAACUUUGUUCACAGAUGAUAUAGCAAUCUAACAACAAACUAUCUCGGUCGUCCGACAUUCUUUGAAUCAGAGGCAAGUUUUGCAUACAUCGAGAUGUCAUCUAAUCGAUCAAAAGCUGGAUCUUCGGGUUCAAAUUCGGUCGAUGUUAGUCAACAUCCUGGUUUCGUUAAUUUGGGCAAUACAUGUUUCUUGAAUUCGGCUUUACAGGCAAUCUCUGCAACGCAAAGUCUUAAGCAUCUUUAUCAGCCUACAGAAGAUGAAUUACAACAACAGCAAGAGCAUGUCUUACAAAAAUUUCACUUGCAAGCUGCUCAAGCUUCUCUCUCGCCAAUAGAAGUCUCACCUGCUCCCACGCCUGGUCCAUCCAGCAGACGAGAAUCAGUCGUAUCUGAGUUGAUCAAUGCAAGAUGUAAGAGCCCGGUUCUACGAUUGGCAGAUGAGGAGCAUGGACGACUAUGGGGUCAAGCUAUCUCUAGACCUGGUUCAACGUCCAUAGAGGCCUCCUCGAUUAGAGCUUUGGCAAGUCAAGCAGUCUGUAACCCCACGCCGGCAGAUAUUCAAUCGAUUCAUCAAUCAAGGCGGAAUAGCAUAGAAAACGAAAAGCAAAAAUAUGAACCUCAAUCGAAGGAUAUUCCGCUAAAUACUGCUUUUAGACAAGUGAUGGAAAAAAGUUGGGAUCCUGCAAAUCGACGCAAUUCAAAGACGCCUAUUAAGCCAAGCAAAGUGGCUUCAAUCAAUCCCAAAUCACUACUGAACGAAAUAUCGACAAAGUAUGAUCAAUACGGAGAAUAUAGACAACAAGAUGGACAUGAACUCUUGCGCCAUUUGUUGGACUCGCUAAGGAUGGAAGAGCUUGAUGUGAUCAAAAAGAUUCAGCCGCCUGAGAGUAACGAAAAGCGAAGAAAAAGUACCGGAUCGCAAAGUCAAGCAUCGCAGAGUCCAUACAUCACACAGAACGGUGGAUCGGUUGAUGAGCGCGAUGACAACCUCAAGCCGCUAGUAGACAAUCUGUUCUGUGGCAAACUGCUCUCUUUUGUCGUAUGUGAAGGAUGUCGUCAUGUUUCGCAUACGUAUGAAGACUUCUAUGACAUUUCCUUGUCUUUGCGACCAGAAGUUGAUGCGAAAGAGAAUGGAAAGAGACAAAGAAUACGCAGCAUGGCAGACAGAUGGCGUCGAAGUGCUUCAGGAAAGGCUACUGGCGGUAGCAAAGAGGAGGUAUCAAAACCUCUAGCAGAUUCUUUGGCGAUGUUACUGGAUGGUCAGUCUGGCAGUUAUAGUGACACAGAACAAAGUGAUGAUCCUGUCAAACGCUCGAACAGCCGAAUCGGUCGUGGGAUAUCCAGACCACGCUCAACUGCAGACCGUGCAAGAAUAGAUGCGAAUAGUAAAGAGGGAGCCAAAACUUUCAUCAAGAAACAGAUGGAAGACCAUCAUGUGGAACAGUCGGAUGCCGAAGUGGGUCCUGAAAAAGCUAUGGAAAAGCUUUCGAUCGAUGCCCCAAUAGAGAAGAAACGAGAAUCAGGGGUCUCUCUGCUUCGUGCGGUCAGUGGCAGACGUACGCCAGCAAGUCGAGCCGCCAGUCCUCUAAGAAGGGAUACGGUGGAUUCGGAUCCAAAGCGAAGCUCUUCUCCUGGAGUGAGAUCCGGUGACGCGGAGAAUGACAGCGAGUCAUCUGCCCAUCAUCGUCAUCAUUUACAUUUUGGUGGACAUAAGAAGAAGGUGGUGAGCAAGCAUGCAAAGUACCUAUCUAGCUUAUUGACGGAAGCAGCACCGCAGCCUCAACAAGCCAACUUGGGUGCCUUAUUUUGGGGACGUAGUCGAACGCCAGGUGUGAACGAUGUGUCUUCGGAUCAGAAGGGCGCAAAUUCAGAGGACCUUAUAGCUCAACAAGCCGGUACAGGGUUGAUUAAAGCAUUGCACCAGUUCACCAGCGUUGAAGUUUUGGAUGGCUCGAAUAGCUUUGCGUGCAAGAGAUGCUGGCGGUUGCUCAACCCACCUUCUGCUGAAGAAGAUCAGAAAUUACGUCUUCGUCGUUUGAGGAGAGGAAAAGGUGAGCAUGACAGUGAGGAAAGCAGCGAUGACGACUCAUCAUCGGAUGAAGAAGCAAAGGAAGAGAAGCAAAAAGCAGCUAUAAAAUCAAGUAUCAAAUCUAGCACAAACGGAUCAUCGGCUUCUUCGUUAGCUUCAGUCUCCGAUAUACCUUUUACCGAAUCGUCGGUCGAACGAAGUGUAGAGAGUCUGGUGCAGGGUGACAAUGAGAUUUGCGAAUCUCCUUCUGCUAUGCAAACAGUCAAUGGAUCAACGCCAUCAGUUGUUAUUUCGUCGACAGAAGCGCAGACUGGAUCAGAAACGCCGACUAGAUCGACAACUAUGAUUGCUCCACUUCCUCAGCCUAAGCGAGAAGCGACGCUUAAAGCAAGCCAAUUGAAUGCGACGUCUGACUUAUCGGAAACGCCCAAGUUACAGGCUCCAAAGCCGAUCAUGGCUUCUUUGCGUUUGGGUAAAGCAUUGUCCAGCACCAGUUCAGAUGAAGGAGGAGGAAGCAACCAGCCAUCUUCAGAUGAAUCUUCGGAUGAGGAAAGUAAUGCACAAACUCCAUCAGAGGCUGGAAGUCGUAAACGUUCGAUCAAAUAUGCUGAUGAGGGAAUGUCUUCUAUUACUAAACCUGCACCUAUUGCGACAACAAAGCAACCGGCUAUACGGAGAAAGCGAUCGAUUCAUUCGCUUCAACGUAGAGCUUUGAAACGAUUCUUGAUUGCAGAAACGCCAAAAGUGUUUGUAUUUCACUUUAAACGUUUUCAGGCAACUGGACGAGGAUUCAGCUUCUCGACUAGUUUUAAAAAGAUUGAUGAUUAUGUCAGCUUCCCGGAAUACUUGGAUGUGAAGCCUUGGCUGGCUCCACCACGGGAAGAGUAUGAUCGACAUGGCAAGCUAAAAGCAAGUAGCGAUCCGAGAGCACUACUCAAAGCGCAACAAGAAGCAGAAUCACAAGGAUCUCAAAAGCAUCAUCAUCACCACUGGGGUUGGCGACCACAUCAUCAUCAUCAAGAGAACAAAGCGGAAAUUCUUGCAUAUCAACCAAAGACGAAAUAUAGGCUUUACGCUGUGGUAGUCCAUCAAGGUUCGAUGAGCGGCGGACAUUAUACGGCGUAUGUGCUUUCUGAUCGUGCGAAUGAAUCUCUGAAAGCCAAAGCAGAUGCACAUGCCAAUGCAACUGAGACAGCAAAAUCAUCGAGCACGAAGGAGAAAGCGACAAAGAAGACAAAUGGAGCAUCUUCUGGCGCUUCGGCGAAUGGGGAGGGUAGUGUAACGGCUGCUUCAACGCCAUCACCGUUGACAACAAAUGGAAAUGCUGCAGGAAGCAAUACACGUAUCGAUUCGCUAUCUUCCGUUUCUUCUUUGGAUUCUGAUAUCGGACAACAAGAGGGCGAAAAGGAAGCAAGUAGUACUACACAGAAUGAAAAACCUAUUCCAUCUACCGUAACAAAGACCGAUGAACGUAGAUGGAUUUUCGCCUCUGAUACUCAGGUCAGACCUGCAAAUAUUGAAGAAGUAUUGAAAGCACAAGCAUAUAUGCUCUUUUACGAGCAAUUGUAGACCAUCAUCACCAAUAACAUACAAUCAUACUCAUCGUUUCUGUAAUCUUUGUAUACAAUUAUUAUUAUCUCAUCGAUCUUGUUUG